GAAGAGGGUAGGCAAAGAAAACGAGUAACACAUCAUCUGUUUAAAUAUUUUAUUUUUAACUAGUAAAAGUAAUUAUUUUAGCCAAAAUUUUAUGUUAAUUUAAUGUUGAGGUGAUAAAAGCUACCUACCAGCAGUUCUCUUAACUUUUCUCUUAAAUCUGAACCAACUUAACCUUCACACCACUAAGGUCACUGUCACUGACACAAUGGAGUCAAUUCAGAAGUCCAUGAAGGAAAUGUCGGAGGAGUUCAACUUGAAGAUGGCGGAGUUCCAGGGCCAGAUAGACAAAGCCACUCCAGGUAGUCCCACUGUGGCAUCUGUUGCUUCGCAGUUUGAGGCCUUCCGAGCCUUCAUUUUGAAGUCUCUGGAGGUCCUGCAGCAACAAGUGGAGUUCCUGGCCCAGCAAGUAGACGCCCUGGAGAUGCGCUCACGGCGGAAGAUACUCCUUUUUCAUGGCGUGGCUGAGGUUAGUGGAGAGGAUACAUCGGCACGAGUUGUCGAGUUGAUGAAGGAACAUCUUCAGUGUGACCUGGCUAUAGAGGACAUCGCUCGGAGUCAUCGCAUGGGUCGGCCUCGAAGCAACCAAACUAGAUGCAUAUUGGUCAAAUUUCGCGAAUUAUCCGAUCGCAACAACAUCUGGUUUGGCAAAACCAAAUUGAAGGGCUCCGGGGUGGUAAUGUCGGAGUUCUUAACAGCGCCUCGACAUGAUCUCUUUAUGGCGGCCAGGGAGCGUUUCGGAGUCCGAAACUGCUUUACACGAGACGGCAACAUCUACGUUUUGGGCAAAGAUGGUAAACGCAGCUGCGUGUCUCGUCGUGCAGGUUUCGACCUUGUACAGGUCGCGGCGUCGGCGGAGCCGGCCCCCAAGGCAAGUGACAAAGGUGCCCCAGGUCAAACCACGACUACUGCGAGUCAACGAGCCGGAAAGGUGAAACGGCAAGCCACUAUAAAGCCUCGAGCCUGA